AGCAACGGACAGAGAUCGUCAUAAAUUAAUCCCACAAAUCUGCUUGAAAGCCAUCUCUGAAGCCCGUGAGCCAUCGAGAGUUCGAAACCGGCGAAACAACCGAGAGACAAAAACCCAAGCGCAAUGGCGCUGGUGCGGAGCGGCGCCAACGUGUUCGACCCGCUGUCGGUGGAGUUCUGGGCGGACGCCGACCCGUUCGGCACCGUGCGCUCCCUCGCCGAGCGGUGCCCCGUGCUCACCAACGUCCGCGUCGACUGGAAGGAGACGCCGGCGGCGCACGUCUUCAAGGCCGACCUCCCCGGCGUCCGGAAGGAUCAGGCCAAGGUGGAGGUGGAGGACGGCGACGUGCUCGUCAUCAGCGGCGAGCGCGCCCGGGACGAGCUGGCCGACGACGGCAAGAACGAACGGUGGCACCACGUGGAGCGGAGCAGCGGCAAGUUCCAGAGGCGGUUCCGCCUGCCGCGCGGGGCACGGGUGGACCAGGUGAGUGCGUCCAUGGACGACGGCGUGCUCACGGUGACCGUGCCCAAGGAGCAGGCCAAGAAGCCGCAGGUGAAGGCUGUCCAGAUCUCGGGUUGAUCAAUCUAUCACACCGCGCGUCGCUCUCCGUUCGUUGCAGGCGUUGGCAUUUGGCAAGAUCAAAAGGAUGUUGUGAGUUCUCUCAAGGUUCAUAAGCAAGGUGCUAAUAAUAAGAUGCGCUGAAGUAAGGAAAAAAUAACUGUCAUGUGUAGGUCGGUUUUGUGUGUGCAGUGCACAGCACGUACGUGUUAUGUAUGAAGCAUGCUGGUUUGUCGUUCGGUUCUUCGUUAGACGUGCCAUGUAUACAUCAGUCUACAAAUAUGUAUACAUCAGUCUACAAAUGUAUAGGAAUAAAACGUGUGUUGUUAGUCUUACGACUGUAGCGACUUUUAUAAAGAAAAAAUAAAAAACAGUUUAUUG